AUGCCUUACACUGGCGAAUGUGGUUACUACUUUCCUAAACUCGACUAUGUUUCCUCAGACUCCGGUCCAGAGUCAAUGCCAAGUCGUCAGCGUCCCAUCACACCACCCUGUCUCUUCCGACAGGCGCCACGCUCGUCUAGCCGACGAAUGCGCUCUCCACCUCCACCAAAGCACACACGGCAUCUGCUAAUACACAAUGACAGAGCCAGAGAAAGCGUCAGAGCGACUGUUCGAGAGCUCCAGCUUCAGCGUGAAUAUGCUACGGAUGCGCUGGAUGAAUAUUUCAACGAAGACGAACAAAGCUCUGAAUCCUUGUGCCAGUUGAUAAAGUAUCAAGGCAAAUUCUCUUCGCAGGCUGAAACACUGAGUCAGCAAGAUCACCUGGACACUUCCAAUGAGUCAUCUCCACGACAGAAGCCCUGCAGCCUCCGUUUCGGGAAGAUUCUGACAUAUCGUGCUGACGAAGGCUACGGCUGCCAAGCUCGCGAGGCAAGCAGCGACGACUGCGAUAGCGAUGAGUUCGCCGCACAAACCGAGUGGUACAUGGCUGCCCGGCGCAUCCCUCCUCCUCCUUGUAAGAGGGAGAAGUAUUACUCAAGCGAACCUAGCGAUGACGAGCUUGGCUGCACGAAUUGA